AUGGGCGCUAAAAAUAAAGUCAACCAAGCCAAAAUUGACCAACAAAAAGCCAAAUUAGAAAAAGAAUUACAAGAAUUAAAAGAGCAAUUACAAAACGAAAAUGACCCCAUCAAAAAACAAGAAUUAGAGCAAAAGACCAAAGCAAUAGAACAACAAAUCCAAAAUCUUGGUAAUAAUUCCCCCAACCCACCGAUUAAUCCAAAGGAAAAAGAAAUUAUUGAUCGUCAAGAAGCCUUAAAAAGAGCCAAAAAUUUGAGCCUGGACCUUUUUUGCGUGGCUCCAGACAAAAAUCCUCCGGUUUGUAAAUUAAUCAAUUAUCAAAAAUACGCUUUUGAAUUAAGUAAAAAAAAGAAAGACAAAAAAGAAAAUAUUUGUAAAGAAGUCAGGAUUUCUUUCAAUAUUGGUGAAAAAGAUUUAAAAGAUAAAUUGGAAAGAGUUAACAAAUGGACUGAAAAGGGUUGA